AUGGGGAGUAUUGAUGAGGAAAGCAGUUCGCAAUACGAACACAACCAGCGCGAGUACCGCUCUGCAACUUUUGCUCGCAUGGCCGCUCGAAGGCAGUCCACAAUGUCCCGGUUAGGGUCGAGAAUUUUACCUAAUUCUGUUAUCCGCGGGCUUCUGAGCAGCGAGGAGGAAACACCUGCGGAGGGUCAUGCUCAUCGACACGGGGUGGUAUCGAGGUCAAUCCCGAGAUCUGAAGUCACGCAAAGCAGCGGUCGCUUCAGUCCAUUCAGCUCUCUUAGUUCCAGGGGCAUUUCGAGACGACGCUCGCUCCGCGGCCCUUAUUUCAUCCCCCGCAAUGAACCGUCACUGAUGCCGAGCGUCACCGCCCCGUUCGAUCCUACCACAGAAAAUGUCCCUGAUCCGUCUCGGGGGUCGUGGCGGCGAAGUGCCCGGUUGCACCGUGUCCGAAACUCACUAUCAAACCCGAUCUCUCAGAUGUUCGGUCAGCCGAGCCACCACAACAAUCGCAACGCACAACCGCCGACGCUGCCCCUGGGCUUGGGGUCCGAUGAAGGAGCCACCGGUUAUAUUCCUCAUCUGAGACCCAUAGAUACCCGAAUGGAUUUCGAUGAGCCCCCGGAACUUGACUCGGUAAACCCCGCUGCGGCGAAUACACGUCCCACCUCGCCUAUGUCGACCCAGUCGGGCCACGGACGGUCUAGUCUCCGGCAGCUACCCGGUCUCUUGAGAGGGAGGCCAUCUCGAGCUUUGCGACGGGAGGAUCAGACCCCUCUGUCCCGUGUGCUGCAGCUAGCCGCUGCGGCCAUCGCCGCUCAGCUUUCUGGCACCGCCGGUCCUGUCAUGCCAAACAUCCAGGCCUUGGGCAAUGAUGGCCUGGAUGGUUCGUUGGAGAAUUUCAUUCAAAGUUUGCAGCACGCCACAUCAGCACAAGCGACUCCAAGCGAGACACCAAAUACUACGGGAGAUACCGCGCCACCGACUCCGGUUAACUUUCUACGGGUUUUCCGGUUUGCCAACUCGGAGGGUAUCAGUCCUUCGGGGCCACCAAAUCGACCGGCGGAACCUGAUGGUGUCAGUCUCAGAGACGGUAUGGAUAUCGAUAACGGCGGCGGCGGCAGCAGUAGCAGCAGCAGCAACAACAUCAACAAUAAUAAUAAUAACACCAACACCAACACCGACGGCAAUCAUGACAAUAAUGGCGACAAUCAUGACAAUAAUGCUGACGGGCCAGUUGAAGGACGGACUGUUACCUUGGUCGUGGUUGGCGUGAGAUCGGUCCCAUCAGCCAGUGGACCCGGCGGUGAUCAGCAACCCGGCUCUGGUGGCCUGGAUGCUUUGCUUCGUCUGCCCUUCUUGACACCAGGAAACCUGUCUCGCAACCAAGAUGGUGGGAUUGGCUUACCACCCCGGCCCGAAGGUCGGCCUAGAUUCGCCCCCAGUCGUCCUCAGCCUGGAGCUUCUGGCACCCUUUCUCCUAGUGAUGACCUCCCACAACCAAGCCCCGGAAGCUCAUCGCGCAGGCCAUCAGAUACCGGGAGUCGUGGCCCACUAUCAUCAGCGCCUUCCAUCCUCUCAGAAAGUCCUCCAGGCCCUCACCCCCCUCCGUCCACGCCAGCAGAGCCCGGGAUUUCAGCUGUCUCGUCGGGUGCUUCCACCCCCAGUCGGCGGCCAUCAUCUGCCUCCGUCAUGUCUCCGGGUGUUUUGCCACAGCUCAGCGAAAACCGGCCCUCUUUUGAAUCCCCCGAUGAUAUCAUCCCGCCCAGUACGUCUCGACAGCGACGUCGCAGUGAUUCUGAAUACGCCCGUCAUCGGGACCUAGGGUCCGGGUCUGUCAGGCGGAACGGCGUCGUGGAACCCGACAAUGCCACACCCCCAGCCGGUCGAAGCUGGCUGAUCUACGUUGUGGGGACGAAUCUUUCAGAGAAUCACCCUGCAUUUGCAACGCCAAGCCUCUUCACAGAUAAUCCGACAUAUGAAGACAUGAUAUUACUGUCCUCACUUCUAGGACCAGCCAAGCCUCCUGUCGCAUCACAGGAAGAUCUCACUUCGGCGGGUGGACUAUUCCACCUUGUGAGACAGGCUGACUCGCUGGUCGCAGCGGCAUUAGACGGCACCAUUACCGUCCCGAUUCCUGAUGGAGACCGCUGUUUGAUCUGCCUUAGCGACUACGAGGUGACCGAACAAGUUCGACAAUUGACCAAAUGCCAACACGUCUUUCACCGUGAUUGCAUAGACCAGAUGGCCCCAACCCGCCUAACAAUCCUCAUCUCCGGCAGCGGCACCAACCUCCAAGCCGUAAUUGACAAAACCGCCGACGGCACCCUCCCCACAACCAUCGUGCGCGUGAUCUCCAACCGCAAAAACGCAUUCGGCCUUGAGCGCGCGCGCCGCGCCGGCAUCCCCACCCAGUACCACAAUCUCGUGGCUUACAAGAAGCGACACCCGGACACGCCGGAGGGCGUGCAGGCUGCGCGCGAGGAGUACGAUGCGGAGCUGGCGCGGCUGGUGGUGGCCGAUGGGCCGGACUUGGUGGUGUGUUUGGGGUUUAUGCAUGUGCUUUCGGGGAGGUUUUUGGAGAAUUUGAAUGGGGUGGAGAUUAUUAAUUUGCAUCCUGCGUUGCCGGGGGCGUUUAAUGGGGCUAACGCGAUUGAACGCGCGCACGCAGCCUGGCUCGAAGGCAAGAUCGACAAAACGGGCGUGAUGAUCCAUAAGGUGAUUUCCGAGGUGGACAUGGGGACGCCGAUUCUGGUGCGGGAGAUUCCGUUCGUGAAGGGCGUUGACGAGGACUUGCAUAAAUUUGAGCAGAAGGUGCAUGAGAUUGAGUGGGGGGUUGUUAUUGAGGGGAUUCAGAUUAGUAUUAGGGGUUUGGGGAGUCAAUGA